AAAACGUUGUGGGAAAAAUGGCGAGAGGCUGGAGUAGAAAAAGUUCGAGGCCCAUUAGAGCUUGCCUUCUCAUCAUUUGCCUCGGAUUUGGCCUGCACCAUUUCAUGACCUGCGGUAGUGUGGAGGAAUCGACCGUACCUGGAAGAACAGGUGCUUCCAUCAGAAACAUGCAAUGGCCUGGGAGCUCAAAUUCAUCGAACAGACGCAAUUCUGGACACCAGACCUGUAGCCCUAAAACAAAGAUCGCUUUUAUAAAGGUACAUAAAGCUGCAAGUAGCACUAUCAUGCAAAUCCUACAACGGUUUGGGUAUCUGCGGAAACUUUCAUUUGUGCAACACAGAACCGCAGAUGUUAACGGCUUAUAUCCUCAUGGUUUAUUAUAUCCCCAUAGACUAAUGCCACCUCAAGGGGAAAGUCACGAUAUACUUACUUACCAUACCGUGUACGAUCGCCCAAAUAUCGUACGUCUACUUACGCCGGAAGCCAAAUUCGUCACUAUACUUAGAGAACCGUUUCAGCAAUUUUCAUCUGCAUUCGCAUUCUACGGCUACAAAAGGAUAUUUAAUAUCACUGCUCCGAAUCCAGUAGAGGAGUUUUUAAAAAGUCCUGCCUUUUACGAUAAGUUUAAAAGACAAAGGACAAAAAAUCCUAUGGCGGUGGAUCUAGGCUUACCUAUAGACCUUUUGUCCCAGUCGCUUCAAAUAAACGAUAUCGCCAAUAUCAGCAAAAACUUUAUACAUAAUCUCUCUCGGGAAUUUGACCUUGUGAUGAUAUCAGACCACUUUGACGAAUCUUUGGUGCUGUUGAGGCGUCUGAUGUGUUGGGACUUAAAGGACGUUUUGUACUACAAGUACAACAACUAUAAUUAUUCUUUAGAAUAUGAUACGAGUUCUGUCCCACAAAGACUGCGAGACAACCAUGAAGAGUGGGAUGCCAUAGACUAUGCCCUGUACAGAUACUUUAACGAAACACUGUGGAAGAAAAUAGCUACUGAAGACGACUUUGCCGAGGAGCUGUCGCAUUUCAAGGACGUCGAACGGAAGAUGCGAAUUCACUGCAACUCCGACUACUCAGUCAUGGAACCCAUUUUUAUCUCGGAAUCUCCCUGGAAUUCAGCUUUUAAGAUUGACUCGGAAUAUUGCCUAUGGGCAAAAACGUUCCACUUAUGUUACUAUUACCUAAUUAGAGACAGAAACAGCAAAUACCAAUACGGAUUAAAGGGAUCUAUUGACUAUGGGAAAGCUGCAAUAAACGGGGGUUUCUUUUUGCCGCCAUUCUGCAGCACGGAGUGUGAGAAUAUAAAGAAAUAUUGCUCUCUUAAUGAGUAUGUUCACCAUUGCUAUCUUGAAGGGUUUUUGAAAGACAUACAGUCUAGUUCACAACGGAUAAAGUCCCUAGGGCAUGGGGGUAAGCCUAUACCGCUUGGCUAGCCUUUCAUACACUCUUUGCAUUUGAUAUUGUACAUGCAUUGAAUAAAUACAAAGACAUUCACUGGUGAAAAAGUGAGAUUUGCCGGAUCGGAUUUCUAUAAUUUACUAUUCCGAAGCCUGAAGCUAAAGGUUAAAUACACUAUAAUAGGU